AUGGCAUUGACCAAGGAGGAGCAGCUUGCUCUCAUUAACGAGAACUUGGCUGAAGUUCUCAACCCGGAGAUCAUUGAAGAUGUUCUGAACAAGGGCGAGACUCUCAAGAUCUACUGGGGUACCGCGACAACGGGAGCUCCUCACUGCGGAUACUUCGUUCCGAUCAUGAAAAUUGCGCAGCUGCUCAAGGCCGGCGCAAAUGUGAAGAUCUUACUAGCGGACGUCCACGCUUUUCUUGACAACUUGAAGGCCCCCAUUGAACUUGUCGAGUACCGUGCCAAGUACUAUCGUUUCGCGAUCACUGCCUUGCUCAAGGCAUGCAACGUCCCCGUGGAGAAACUGGAGUUCGUGUUGGGUAGCUCCUACCAGCUUUCCGCGAAGUAUACGAUGGAUACCUACAGGGCGUGCUCGAUCACAUCCACUCACGACUGCGCCAAGGCCGGCAGUGAGGUCGUCAAGCAAUCUGAUAACCCUCCUCUGAGUGGUCUCAUCUACCCCAUCCUCCAAGCUCUUGAUGAGGAGUACCUCGAUGUUCACUGCCAGUUCGGUGGUGUUGACCAGCGGAAAAUCUUCGCCCUGGCUAAGGACCUGCUUCCCAAAUUGGGCUACUCUGGCCGUGCUCACAUCAUGAACCCUAUCGUGCAAAGUCUGUCUGGAGGCAAGAUGAGUUCCUCCGACGCCAACUCCAAGAUUGAUCUUCUCGAUACACCGGAGAUUGUCGGCCGUAAGGUCAAGAAGGCCAACGCGCCCCCCAAGCAGGUCGAGGACAACGGUCUUAUUGCGUUCACUGAGCACGUGCUUCUCCCCGCCAGCUCUCUCCUUGACGGAGAGCGUAUCUUCACGGUCGAGCAGAAGGAGGGAGAGCCUCUGGUCUACCACGACAUUGAGAGCAUGAAGAAGGACUACGCCGCCGAUGUGCUCACCCCGCAAUCGUUGAAACCCGCCGUCACUGCCGCUCUGUGCCGCCUUCUCGCACCCAUCCAGAAAGAAUACCAAGAGUCCACUGAGUGGCAGGAGAUUCAAAAGAAGGCCUACCCCGAAGACGCCCCCAAGGAGAAGAAGAAGAAGAAGGACAAGGGCACCAGACACCCCGGCGCUCGCGCUCAGGCUGAGGAAGGCAAGGAUGUCUCCAAGGAGCCGGCGACCGAGGCCGAUGUUGGAAAGAGUGCCGCUGAUGCCAUGGAUAAGCUGGCCGUUUAG